AUGGCCCUCCUGGCUCAGACCCUGGCACUGCUGGCAAUGACUGUGACCACUGCAGCCAUCAAGGUGGUGCCCCUGGACAUGGCCAGGGACUCCUUUGAUGAACAGUACCAGGGCUGCACCCCUGCCAUGAUCACGGCGUUGCCAGGCCUCAACCACUUUGAGUUCCAGGUGAAUCCUCUCUUCACCCAGACAAGGGUGAAGGCCGAGGCUGCGUGGCACAAGCGGGGAAUUCUGGAAAACUUCCACUUCAAAACGCUGCAUUUCCUUCUGACUCAGGCUCUGGUGACACUGAGGCACGCUCAGAAUGGGCAGUGUCACCACGUGUUCCGGGGUGUGCAUGAUGUCCGGUUCCAGGCACGGUGUGGCCAGAAGGUCCGGUUUGGUCAAUUCACAUUUUAUUAA